AUGAAAAUUUCCAUUGCCCCGUCACAUUUAUGCUUAUUUUCGAUCUAUGCUAUUAUAGCACACUUUGCGAGGACUACAACAACAAAAUCAAUAGAGUUAAGCGACUAUGCGCUCUGUAAACAGCAAGGUGACUCAGCGGACUGUAAUUUUGCCUGCUCUAACUUUGUGCCAGAUAGCAGAGGCAACUGCAUCUUUAACAAAUGCUACUGUACAGAGCAAACAGAAAUUGGAAAGUGUGAAGAAGAUGACCAUGAAUCCUGCGAUGCCUUAUGCCAAGACAUGUCACCAAGCUUUAUUGGUUUCUGUAUGGAUGAUCAGUGUAACUGUAUUACAUAA